GCAGAUGCAACUUCCUUCCUUCCUUUCCUUUAUAGGGUUAUACGGUUAUACCAGAUACAAGAUGAAACGUUUGAGAUAUCGAAUUAUUGGUGCUUAGAAGGAUAUCUUCUUUCAAAUUUUCGAUUUUAUCUCCUUAACAAACAAUUACCAGUUUAGGAGGGUAUUAAGAAGUAUCCGAGGUGUCCAGAGAAUGCAUCAACUUUUUAGCAAACCUUAGCAUUGCAAAACCACAUUUUCUUCCAGACUCAAAAGAUCGUACUGAUCGAAUUUGAAAUAGUUAGACUUACUCUCAAUAGAUCGCACUGCAUUACUAAAAAAAAACAGUGACGGGCACAAUAAUUAACGAAAGUAUACUUUAUUCAAUUGCAAAAAAUUGGAUAUACUUUCCUUCUAAUAGUAAGAAACGCGAUUGGUUUUUUGUUGUCUGGCCAAGUUUUGCAUUUUAUAAGUAAUGAAGAUCUCGACUCGUAUCCUGGGGAAAAAUGUAAUUUUGGUGCCCUAUAAAGAGCAUCAUGUUUCUAAAUACCACGAAUGGAUGAAAUCAAAGGAAUUGCAAUACUUAACAAGUUCUGAGCCAUUAACGUUAGAAGAAGAAUAUGCGAUGCAGAAAAGCUGGCAUGAUGCUGAGGAUAAAUGCACUUUCAUUGUUCUGGAUAAAGCAGCUUUUGAGAAAGAUAAGAAUGAGAUAGAAUCUAUGAUUGGAGAUACAAAUCUUUUUUUCAAUGAUGUCAAAUACCCUCACACUGCAGAAGCUGAAAUUAUGAUAGCGGAACCUAUAGCUAGAGGCAGAAGAAUGGGCUGGGAGGCUAUGAUACUAAUGCUGCGUUAUGGAAUUGAAGAACUCAAAGUUAAACAGUUUUGCGUAAAAAUUGCUAUGGAUAAUGAAAGAAGUAUUAACAUGUUCAAGAAGUUAGGAUUUAUUGAGGUAGGAAGGUGUGAUGUUUUCAAGGAAAUUACCAUGGAGAAAGAAGUUCAGAAUGUCUGGUUAAAAUGGCUUAUUGGUGAAACACACGACUCUUUCAGAGACCAGGAGUAUAAGUAAUAAAUGUACAGGUUUCUAUUGUA